AUGAGCACCUAUACCGUCGGCCUCAAGGCCUUGUUGCCAACGCUUGGCGUCAUUUACGGCUUCCAGGCUGCUUGUGCCGCCAUCGCUGUUCCUCUCAAGACGGAAAAGUAUUACGAUCUUUGCGGCUCGCUUGGCUUCAUUUCGGCUGCUGGUCUCUCCCUUUACAUGCCAUGGAUACGAGCUCGCUACUUUGAUGGCUUCAAGAACAUCUCGUUGCCCACAUCCUUGUCGGCUUUCCACCCUCGACAGACCAUCAUGACCGGUCUCACUCUCUUCUGGGCUGUUCGUCUCGGCAGCUUCCUCUUUCAACGUAUCAAGAAGUCUGGGGGCGACAGCCGGUUCGACGAGAUCAAGCAGAGCCCUCCCAAGUUCUUCGGUGCCUGGAUGAUGCAGGCUACCUGGAUUGCCAUCACUGCCCUCCCCGUCUACUUGGUCAACUCGAUCCCCAAAGCUUCUCAGCCUCCCCUUGGCCCCCGUGACUACCUUGGUCUCGCCAUCUGGAUCGCCGGUAUGGGUCUAGAGGCCACUGCUGACCGACAAAAGUCUCAAUGGAGGCAAGACAGGGAAUCUGGCAAGCACAACGAACCUUUCAUCAGCUCAGGUGUUUGGAGCUGGUCCAGACACCCCAACUACUUUGGCGAGGUCAGUCUCUGGACCGGUCAAUUUGUCCUCUCCACCGCUGCCAUUGCCGGCGCAGGUACUUUCUACCCUUCUUGGGCCGUCGGUCUUGCUGCCCUCAGUCCAUUGCUCGAGUACGGCCUCAUCCGAUUCAUCUCGGGUGUUCCCAUGCUCGAACAGAGUGGAGACAAGAAGCACAAGGACAACCCGCAGUGGAAAAAGUACAAGUCGGAGGUUCCCUGCUUUGUUCCUUUCAUUGGCAGCAAAAACUAG